AAUAAUACAUAUCCGGUCACUGACAUUAUACACUGCCUUAGUUUCCCAGAGGUUCUAACAACUGGACUGUGUAAUCAUCUCAGAUACAGACAUCAAAAACUAUGGCAAGUGAAAGCACUGCUGAACUGCUUUAUUCCGGAGUCUCAGCAGAGACGUUUCCUCAACGCCAGCAGAACACCAUUGUUACCCAGGAGGAAUUCAAUCAGGAAAACCCUCCCCAUUACCCAGCCAUGAUGUCUAUGAAGAAACAACUCCAACAGAAGAAAUGCAAGGAGGACUGUUGGAUGAACACUCUGUUUAUGCUGUUUCCUUUCCUACGAGUUUUAUACACCUACAAGAUAAAGGAAUACCUUGUUGGUGAUAUUAUUUCUGGUUUGUCUGUUGGAGUGCUUCACAUUGCUCAAGGAAUGGGGUUUGGACUAUUGGCUUCCUUGCAACCCAUCCAUGGACUGUAUUCUUCAUUUUUUCCACUACUGUUGUAUUCCUUCUUUGGGACAUCGCGCCAUAUUUCCUUUGGAACCAUGGCCUUGACAGCAAUACUGGUGGCAGAGGUUGUGAACAGAGAGUACCCAAAGUACGCAGGCGACACCAAUGCUGGUAGUAACUCCUCCUCAAAUGCAAGUUUGGACCAAACCACAGACAUAACAGGGGAUGAAGUCAUGAGUGUGAAACUUGGAAUUGCCAUGUCUCUCAGCCUUGUCACUGGGAUAAUACAAGUCGGCAUGGGGAUAUUUCGCCUGGGUUUUGUCACCACUUAUCUAUCAGACGCAUUUGUUGGAGGGUUCACCACUGGGGCUGCUUUCCACAUUACAACCAGUCAGGUUAAAACCAUGCUCGGAUUGAAGAUCAAGGGAUUCUCUGGCCCAUUCAACCUUAUUUUCACCUAUAUGGAAAUCUUCAAGAAAAUAACUGACACUAACAUUGCUUCUCUUUGUAUAUCUGCUAUGUGCCUAGUUGUUAUCCUGUUAGUGAAAGUCUGUAUCAACCAGAGGUUCUCAAAAAAGUUAAAAGUGCCCAUUCCCAUUGAUCUGAUAGUGCUUAUAAUUGGAACUGUUGCUAGUCACUUCAUGAAUUUGAAGGACACUUAUGGCGUGGCUGUCAUAGGAACCGUUGCUCAAGGCAUCCCACCUCCAAGUGUUCCACCACUGAAUAUAGCUAGUAAUUUUAUCAUUGAUGCAGUUAUUCUUGCAAUUGUAAGUUUUGCCAUAUCAAUUUCCAUGGCCAAAAUCUUUACAACAAAGUACCACUAUGACGUUGACAACAACCAAGAACUUUUGGCAUAUGGCUUGUCCAAUGGAAUUGGCUCUUUCUUUGGCUGCUUCGUUGGAGCUGUUGCCCCUCCACGCACCAUGCUUCACGAUUCAGCAGGUGGUAAAACACAGGUCCAUAGCGUAGUGUCAGCCAUAUUGGUUUUGAUUGUCAUUUUGGCCCUCAGCCCCCUUUUCGCCUCUCUGCCCAACUGCAUCUUAGCAGCAGUAAUUGUAGCAGCCUUGCAAAAGCUUUUCAUGCAGUUUGAAAACUUGCCCAGGCUGUGGAGGGUCAGCAUGUGUGAUUUUUUCAUCUGGUUUAUGACCUGGAUGGCAGUGGUGAUUUUGGACAUAGGUACAGGUCUGGGAGUGGGUCUUGCCUUUUCAUUCAUAACAGUAGUGAUGCGAACCCAAUUUGCCAGAGGGUACACCUUGGUCAAAACAGACGACAUGGACAAAUUUGUCAGCACCCAACAUUACCCUAACAUACCAAAACCACCUUCUUCCUCCAACAUCAACAUUUUCCAAUUUCAGUCAGCUCUAUAUUUUGCUAAUGCCGAACUUUUUAAAGAGAAAUUGUUCAAGAUGGUAGGUAAACCUUAUGAAGUAAAAACACAUAAGAGUGGAAAUGAAGAUAUAGAGAGGGCAGAGAAUAGCAAUGAAUCUGCAGACAGUAGGGGAGGAAUGGGAAAAAACGCAGAAAAUAACAGUGUCUCAAAAGAAACUGAAACUAGACCGUCUGACUCCAGUAGUAAUUCCGCCCAAUCAAUUUUGAUUCUAGACUGUACAAGAAUAGUAUUCAUUGACUCGUCAGGUAUCAAGGCUCUGAGCCAGGUCUAUAGUGAGUACAAGCAUUUAGGGGUCACAGUUUUUAUGGCAGGGUGCACAGAGGGCGUUUACCAGGCUCUGCAAAAUGGAAACUAUUUUGACCUUUUUCCCUCUGGUUAUGUUUUUAUGACUUUAAUAGAUGCUUAUCACAUGGCUGUAAUGUGCCUGGGUUCUGAUUCAAAAACAGUCCUUUGAAAAUUAUACUGAUAUUCAUUUUGACUAAACUCGUAAUUUAAGUAUUCAAAGGUCAUUUUUUGUCAUUGUAUCUUAACAUAGUAAUGUCUCCUAAAUGAUUUAACUAUCAAUCUGUUAAGAGGGAAUGACAUUUUUAUUCAAUGACUACUGUGACCAUUGGAAUCUAUUGAGUGGAAAUGAUGUACACUUCAUUUUAUUGGCCUAAAUGAAGUAGCUCAGCAAAAAAUUUCAUUUUUAAACAAUUCAUUGUGCUUAUAAUAUAUUCCAAGAGCUUCAUAUAU